CGUGCUGUUGGGGCGGACGCUUUCGAUGCAGAGGUGGGAGGUCGGAGGUUAGAGGUUAAAGGAGAUCUGCUUGCCCGUUCGAGAUGGUGCCGAGCGAGGGGUUUAUGUCUGAAGCCAGGGCUCUGGGCGAAUCGAGGCCCGCGCAGUAAUGAAAGCGAGAGCGCGGGCCGGGCUGGGCCACUCGGGGUUUUGUGCGGACGCGGCCUGAAUGUGUGGACGUUCCGGGCGACCUGGUGCAGAAGUGACAGCGAAUCGGAAGAUGUGAAAAUGGAAGGGACCCUGUACAAGUGGACCAAUUACCUGACGGGUUGGCAACCUCGUUGGUUUGUCUUGGAUAAUGGCAUACUUUCCUACUAUGAUUCUCAGGAUGAUGUUAACAAAGGAAGCAAAGGAAGUAUCAAAAUGGCUGUAUGUGAAAUUAAAGUACAUUCAACAGAUAGCACACGAAUGGAAUUAAUUAUUCCUGGAGAGCAGCAUUUCUAUGUGAAAUCAGUCAAUGCUGCUGAAAGGCAGAGAUGGUUGGUGGCAUUAGGAAGUUCAAAAGCAUGUCUCACGGAUACCAGGACUAAAAAGGAAAAAGAAAUCAGUGAAACCAAUGAGUCUCUCAAAACGAAGAUGUCAGAACUUCGGUUGUACUGUGACUUGUUGAUGCAGCAAGUUCAUACAAUACAAGAGUCUGUCAAACAAGACCAGCCAAGUUUGUCCCCUCCUGAGACCAUGAAUGAAGCUUCAUCCUUGCUCAGUGCCACUUGCAAUACCUUCAUUUCAACUCUUGAUGAGUGUAUGAAGAUAGCUAAUGCCAAGUUUAAGCCAGAAAUGUUCCAGUUUUCUCUCGCUGAUCCACUUGUCUCUCCUGUAUCACCAUCACUUGUUCAGAUGGUUCGGAUAAAACGAUCCAUUAGUCAUCCUGGUACUAUUCUUUAUGAUAGUAGGAAACUGAACACAAUUUACCAAAAAGAAGCAGUUAUUGUGACACCACAUGAGGAAGUACCCAAGACAAUAUCGGGAUAUUCAGGUGUUGAAUCAUAUAGCGAUAGCACUCUGGAAUACACACAAAAGACUGCUCAGCUUUCUUGCAAUUCCUUACCUACUGCAAAUGGUGAAUUCCCUCCAGUGGUCAUUCCAGAAGAAAAUAUUGAGAACUCGAGGAAUAAAUUAUCUGAGACAGAGAGUCCUUUUGUUGCACUUUUAAGUUGAAAACACGUGAAUUAAGAUGGAUUGAAAAGGUGGUCACUCCGCUAAUAUUGCUAUGCAGUUAUUGCUGGCAUUUAUAUAUUCCAAUAAGGUGAAGUGGUUCUAAAAUUUCCCAGACUUUUUUCUGCACUUUAUAAUGCAUAAAAUCAGAAGCUUGACAAGCUUACCUAACCUUAUUUCUUUUAUAUAUUUUCAGCAGAUGACAACUUUUUUUUUCUACACUAUAUUGUGUAAUCAAUUGUUGGUCUGAUCCAGAAUGUCUCCAUACAGUGCAUGGCGUCAUUAAAAGUUAGUGUAACUUGGUUGGAAAAAUACUUGGUUGGGCUGAACACAGCAGUGCUUUUCUGACUGUUGUCAGGACAGGUUUGAUGCCAGGAAUUAAAUCCUUGGGGCUGUACAUGUCCAUUCUUUGCACCUGUUUGUCCAGAGGGAGUGUGUCUUCUGGAAGAAUUGCUAUUAAAUGUGGAUUUUUGUUUUGACCUUUUAGUUUAAUUUUGUUGUUUGUACAUUUUGAAUAGAAUCUUUGUUACAUGCAUCAGUGCUGUACACUGUCUUAGGAUGAGGUUUGGAUUGUGCUUCAUCUUUUCUAGUAGCCGCCAAUUAGUACUGGUUAUACCAGAACUUGAAUUCUUGUAGAAAGAGUUUCUGGAACAUAAAGUUAUAACUAAUGUGUUCUGCACUAUUACAAAAUCUUUUGUAAAAGAUACACAAGUAAAUUCUUCCCAAUUCAAAGUGUAUGCAAUUUAGCGGAGUCGAUGAACAUAGUGUAUUUUGUAUUCAAUAAAAGUAGAUAAAUGAAAGACAGUGGAGAUCCAGAGGCAAAAUUUAACUAGCAACAGGGUAGAUGUAAUCUUUAUUUUCAACUGAGGCAAAUGGUAAAACUUCUAUUUGAAAUUGAUGUAACUAUGAUAGCUUAUUUAUGAGAUGGCAGGUAAGUGUUACUAAUUGCUGGUCAAAAGGAGUUGUCAUUCGUAAUUACUUUCCUUGCUACUUUUCCUCCCUUGGCCAGUUAUUUCCUGUCUGUUUGCAAAGGUUUAACUGGUUGUGCAAUUAAAAGCUUUCAAAGUUCUUGCAUUUCUGUCUCUGUCAAGUGGGAAGGACUUAAAUAUUUUUAGAGGUGCAAAAUCUAGCUCUUGCCAAGAUGCUGUCCAGACUAAGUGUGUUUCACUUAGAAGAAAAAAUAGCUUAAGGGUGCUUUGACCAAAUUUCUCCAAGAAUGUUUUUUUCUAAUUUUAGGAUGCCAGUUCAUUUACCAACCAAUUAGCCAAAAAAAGGGAGUUUAAGAAACCUCUUUGUAUAUUACUUUGCUUUAAAUCAGUUUUGUUUAACAGUGUAGUUUAAUCUGGACACCAGUUUCUUCUAUGAAAGGGAGACUGGGAGAGAGAAAUUGCUUAUUUUAGCAAACAGAAGGAAGCAAAUAGUGUAUAUAAUCUUUGUUCUGCCACAUAUUAAACAAUGAUUAAGAUUGAUAGCACUCCAAGCUUUUUUAAACUAACAGAAUCCUCCUUGCUAUAGGUUUAAAUUAUCAAAAUAUUUCAAAGUCUGAUUUAUCUGUUUUAUCUGAUGAUUGACAACCAAUUAGGAUAAUAUAAUCUUAUGAGCAAUAUGUAAGAGAAUUCAACUUCAAGCAUGUUAGCACUAUUUGAAAGUAAUACGUGUAUAUCUUUGACUUGUAACUCAUUGUGCAAAGUAAAGCACUUUAAUCUUCCAAACCCUAUUACAAAGUCCAAAAAUGACCUAAUUUUGGUUUAUUAAGCAACUCCAGCUUUUAAAGGUUCAGAAAGUAUUAAGUAAGUUAAAAUGUUAGCAUUUAUAAGUACCCAUAAAUGAUGGAGUUACUAGAACCAAUUUGUCAGGUAUGAAUGUAAACUGUUAACCAUGCCAUUUUAUUCUGUGUAUGUUUUACAUGAAUAUUAAAUACUGUGAAUAUUA